AUGUACAUACAGUGCUCUCGAACGCCCUGGUCUCAAGCCAAGAGUCCUUGUGCCGACAAAGUACCCGGAUCUGCACAUGACACGCACAUCGUCAGACAAAAGGUUCGUCCCUGCCAAAUUUUUGUCUGUUAA